UUUUUAAAUAGUUACAAAAUGGGAUAAAAUUUUUACAUAUAUCACGUGAGUUAAAAUGUUUAUUCAUUAAAAACUUUCUUCUCAUGAAUAAACAUUCAUUUAACUCACUUGGUGUAUAAAUAACUAUUAUACCUUCAAUAGUUCUGGAGAAAAAAAAUAAAUUCCGUUUUUUCCAUAAGAAAAUGAAUUAGAAAAAGAUAGUUGAACUAUAAAUCGGCUAGGUACAAAUUUCUUAAUUCCUAAUUUGGGCUAUGAAUCGGGUGUGAUAAAUAGGCAACACAUAAUUUUUCAGAUCCUCGAUCCUGUCCCUUUUUUCCUUGCUUCUGUUAGCACAGCUUCGUUCAUUCUUCUUCUAUUUUGCCACCUUUACCACCCAAAGUUUAGGGAAUUUGGCAUGAACGGAAACGAAUUAUCCAGCCAAUUAUAGAAGCAGCGACGUGCCAAAACGAAAGUCGGACACCGAGGAAAAAAGUCAAGUCAGUGGUGAAUUUAGACGCCAGUAAGUCAACAAAAAUUGAAUUAUUACUGCAACCUGGAACGCGAGAUAAUAAAACAAUGAGUCGCAGUGUAUACGUGUAAAAUACUUAGGUUUAAUGAUUAAAACAAGCACAAUUAAUUAAGUAUUUUAUUAUCAAAACAUGCAGCUUCUCAGUAGUAGGAACAACGCUCCCGCGCACCAGCUGGUUCAGGUUGCCAGUUGCCCGUCCGACAGUUUACAUCUUUUUUGUAGGUCAUCUAUUAAACCAGCAUUUGGAUAUUAUGGAUAGGCAACCAACAUAACAUGUGGUUGGCCUACGCUGUUAAUAUACUAUAUUAAACAUCUUUCUUCCUAAAGAUCUAGCCUAACGGGCUUUUUAAUCAUUCGCCCAGAUCUACUACAUAAGGGCUUAUUUGCUAAGAUUUCUUCAUCAAGGGUUUUAGUUGCAUCAUUAUUAGAGUCGCAAUUCUGAGUCAAUGUUGGAGUAUUGACAGAGAGAUCAUCAUCGCUAUCAUUGUACUUUGCAUAGGCAUUUUCAACCGGGUUUAAACUUGGAUUUAAAUCAACCCUAUUGCGUCUAAUAAUGUUGCCACUAGCAUCUUUAACAUUAUAGGAUCUUGGGGCAUUAUGAGAACAAAUAAUUUUCCCGGGUUCCCAAGUUUUGUUAAUGUGAUUGAAAAUUGUUACAUCAUUUUCACUCUUAAACGGUAUCAAGUCUUUUGCAGAUUUAUCAAAAUAUUUUUUAUUGAUAUUACGUUUUCGUUCUAUUUUUGUUACAACAUUUUCACAUAAUUUGGGCAUCAAUAACUCAUUAGAGACUGGAAUCCUGGUUUUGGUCAUACGACUAUUCAAUAACUGAGAUGGGGAGUAGCCCAUGUUUUUCAGUGGGGCAUUUCUAUAAUUCAAAAGUGCCAACUCAAGAUCUUCUCCUUUCUCUAAAGAUUUUUUUAUAAGUUUUUUUGAUAUGUCAACGGCUUUUUCUGCAAGGCCAUUUGAUCUAGGAUAGUUGGGACUUCUAAAUGACAAUUCAAAAUUCCAAUCUUGUGAAAAUGUUAUAAAUCUAUGACUAUUAUAUGGCACAUUGUCACAUACUAAUAAAUCUGGCGGACCAAAUCUCGCAAACACACUCCUAAGUUCAUUUAUUACACUUUGUGCACUCUUGUCAUUAAUUGGUAAAAGUUCCAGCCAAUUUGAAAAAGCAUCAAAUAAUACAACAUAACUUUUAUUCGCAAAAGAAAAAAUAUCUGUUCCAAUUCGUUCCCAACAUCUAGUGGGAAGAUGAAACUGAUGCAACAAUGUCUCUUUACAAUUUUUACGUGCAAAUUUUUCACACACUUUGCAUGAUUUUAUAAAUGAUUCAAUGUCUAAUGCUUGCCCAGGCCAGUAAAAUAUUUGACGUGCUCGGUUUUUUGUUUUUUCUAUUCCUAAAUGACCUUCGUGUAGUACUUUCAACAUUUCUGGUCUUAAUUUUGUAGGCACUAUGAUUUUAUUCUCUAAAAAUAAUAAAUUAUCUGAAAGGAAGAUUUUAUCUUUGAGCUUUGCAUAAAUUUUGACAUUAUCAGGAAUUUUAUACUUUUGCAUGGGCCAGCCAUGAUCGAGAAAAUCAAUAACCAACUUCAAUUGAGGAUCAUUGACUGUUUCUUCUCUAAAUUGUUGUUUCCGCUCAUCUGACAUUGGAAUGUAUUUUGUAACAGUAUGAAUAGAAAAUUCAAUUUCAGAGUCUGCCUUCAACCCAGUAAUAUUUAGAAAUGCUCUGGAAAGAGUGUCAGAAAUAUACAUCUGCUUUCCAGGCUUAUAAGUUAUUUUAAGAUUAUAAUUCAACAUCUUCAAUCUCAUCCUUUGUAACCUAGGAGAGACUGAAUGAAGAUCUUUUUUAAAAAUUGUCUCCAAAGGUUUAUGAUCACUGUGUACUGUUACAUCAAGGCCAUAUAUAAACAAAUGGAAUUUCUGCACAGCAAAGAGGAUUGCUAAAGUUUCCUUCUCAAUUUGCGCAUAUUUUUUUUCAGUGUUGGUAAGGCUUCUUGAUGCAAAAGCAACAGGGUGACCUUCCUGCAGCAAACAUGUACCAAGGCCAUCUUUGGAGGCAUCUGUUUCUAUAAUAAUAUUUUUUUCUGGAUUAAAGAAAGUUAAAAUUGGGGCGCUGGUGAGCAAAUUCUUAAGUUCCAACACAGCUGUUGAGUGGCUUUCAUUCCAAUGCCAUUGAACAUCUUCUCUAGUCAGUUCUCUUAAUGGUGAAGUUAUUUUGGAUAAAUUUGGUAUGAACCUACCAACAAACUUCACCAUACCUAAAAAUCUCAAUAAUGCAGUCUUAUUUUCAGGAUUAGGCAUUUCAGUUAUUGCCUCUACAUAGGCCUUAUUGAUAGUAAUACCAUCCUUAGAGAAUAUCUGGCCUAAAAAUUUUACACUUGGUUUUUUUAGCUGAAUUUUAAGUUUAUUGAAUUUUAUGUUAUAUUUUGAAGCUCUCUGUAAAACUGUUCUCAAAUUGGAAUCAUGCUCCAUUUCAGUUGAGCCAGUAACAAUGAGAUCAUCAAAAUAUAACUCAACACCCUCAAUAUCUCCAAAUAACUCGUAAUUCUUUUUUUGGAAAACCUCCGGUGCUGAGGAAAUUCCAAAGGGCAAUCUCAAAAAUUGGUAGCGUCCAAAUGGGGUACCAAAUGUGCAUAGAUCAGAGCUGGAAGAGUCAAGUUCAAUCUGCCAAUACCCAUCACGCAUAUCUAAAACACUGAAAAAACGUUUGCCUGCUAAUUUUGAAGAAAUUUCUUCCAAAGAUGGGAUCAAAAAAUGUUCCCUUCUGAUGGCUUCAUUCAAUUGCUUUGGAUCCAGGCAUAAACGCAAAUCUUUAUUACUCUUCUCUACAAUUACCAAAGCACUUAACCAUUCAGUUGGCUUAUCAAUUUUUUUUAUUAUACCUUCUUGUUCAAGAUCAUUCAACUUUUUUCUUAAACGGUCAUGCAAAAUUCUUGGAACACGUCUAAUUGGAGUAAUUUUUGGAAUUGCUCCUUCCCUUAAUGAUAUGUGAUGGGUAUUGGGAAAUUUCCCCAGCCCUGUGAAAACUUCCGGAAAUUCUUUUUCAAUAUCAUCUACAGUGCUAAAUACUGGCGUAUUAUCUACAUCGACACUAUCAAUACGCUUAACAACAUUCAGUCUAAUAGAAUCAGCUAGUCCCAGUAAUGGUACUUGACCUUUUACAUCAACAAUCACAAACAGAAUUUUUCUUAUGACAUCACUAGUCAAGUUACUAGUUUUGCAUGGUAAUAUUACCUCACCAAUUGCACUAAUCUUAAAUUUUGAGCUUCCAUAUGAAAGCAAUGAAAUAUUAGAAUUACUAAUGGGUAUAUUUAAGUCCAAAGAUUUAAAAACAUGCAAUGGUAGUAUGCUUAUCUCUGCCCCUGUAUCGAUUUUAAAUUCAACAAUCUUAUCAUAAAUAAAUACCUUUUUUGUCCAACAUUUGCCUAUUCUAUUUUCUUGAUUUUCAACUGCUCCUAUCAACUUGAUAACAGAAUCAACAUAAAACUCUGUGUCUUCACUCUCACUUCCACUAUGCUCAUUCUCACCUUCUUUUUGCAUCACUUCAUGCACUUGCCUGUCACUAUACUGUCUGUUUGUUUUAAAGUUUCUGCCUCGGUUUCUGUUCAAGUCCCUAUUGUUCUCCUGUUCAUUUGGGCACAUCUUGGCAAAAUGAUUUCUUGCCUGGCACUUUGCACAUGUUUUAUUAUAUGCGGGGCACAUUCCACUUGCUCGAUGGAUAUACCCACAAUAUUUGCAUGUCUUGGGCUUUGUACCUGUCUGUUCCCCAACUUUGUUUCUUUCAUACUUUAUUGCAUUAACUUGCGUUUCAGUUUGAAGAGUUUUAGCCUGAUUUUUACUCGCCUCUAUAGCCCUGCAAAAGUCUAUACACUUUGUCAAAGUUAAAUUUGCCUCUCUUAAAAGCCUUUCCUGGGUGCCUUUAUCGAGAAUCCCAAUUACUAUUCUGUCACGAAUCAUAUCAUCAGAAUCUUUAUAUUCUGUAGUUUUAACAGCCCUGCGUAACUCUGUUAAAAAGUUAUCGAACGUUUGUCCAUCUUUCUGGAUUAAUGAAUUAAACUUGUAUCUCUCAAAUAUUAGAUUCUUUUUGGGGGCACAGUAUUCUUCAAAUUUCUGCCUGACUUUAUCUAGCUUUUUCUCAUCACCUGUGGCAAAAGUGAAACUGUUAAAAAGUUCAAGGCCUUCAUCUCCCAAAAGAUUCAGGAACACAGCUACCUUUUUUUCUUCUUCUUUUGAUGCAAAAUCAGUUGCGAGCAUGAACAAAUCAAACUUUUGUGAGAAGCGCUUCCAAUUAUCAGACACAUUGCCAUCAAGAACUAGGGGCUCCGGUGGUUUAAAAAUGCCUUCCAUUUUGUGCUGAAUAGUCAAGAAUUCCACACAGUGAAAUAAUUUGUUUCAGGCUCCUAACCUCAACUACAAGCACAAACAAACGGAAUUUUCACUAGCUAGCACAGUAAACCUUUUCACACCUGACACCAUGUAAAAUACUUAGGUUUAAUGAUUAAAACAAGCACAAUUAAUUAAGUAUUUUAUUAUCAAAACAUGCAGCUUCUCAGUAGUAGGAACAACGCUCCCGCGCACCAGCUGGUUCAGGUUGCCAGUUGCCCGUCCGACAGUUUACAUCUUUUUUGUAGGUCAUCUAUUAAACCAGCAUUUGGAUAUUAUGGAUAGGCAACCAACAUAACAUGUGGUUGGCCUACGCUGUUAAUAUACUAUAUUAAACAAUACGCACCUUAAUAAGUUAGUCUCAAUCAAUGCCGAAAUGUUUUCUUUUCAUCGCCCAGCUGAUAAAUAACAAAUAACCUAGAAUUUUUUUCAGAUAACAGUGCCUUAAUUAUUAUUAUUAGUUGAGCUUCAGCGUCGGUUAUAAGUUAUAAAAGUAGAAAAAGAUAAUUCAAAUAACUAAUUUAGUACAGUGUAUAAGUGUUGUUGAUGUGAUUUUAAAGUUAAAAUGUUGGAACCCGUAUUGAGUCAGCUGAACAGCAUGAGAGUAGUUUUAGCUAGUAGUUCCAAACAACGAAUUAGCUUGUUGAAGAGUACGAACUUAAAAUUUGAAACCGUUCCUCCAGACUUUGAAGAAAACCUAGACCCUAAAGAACACACUUUUUCCGAUUUUGUCGAGAAAACUGCCAUAGGAAAACUCAUGGAUGUUUAUUGUAAAUUACAAAAUGACCAAAGGAAACCGGAUAUCAUUAUCGGAUCUGACACCAUGGUCACUUAUAAUGGCAAAAUGUAUGGAAAACCUACAACCAAAGAAGAAGCGUUUCAAUGCAUUAAAGAUUUGACCCAAGGUGGUUUGCCCAAUAGUGUUUACACAGCAGUAGUAAUAUGGUACAAAAAUAAAAUUUACAAAUUCACAGAGGUCACCACGGUUUACAUGGUUCCGUUAACAGAUGAAGAAGUUACGGCUUAUGUGGAAACUGGAGAACCAAUGGGAAAAGCGGGAGGGUAUGGGAUACAAGGAAUUGCAAGCACAUUCGUCACGCGAAUCGAGGGAGAUUUCAAUAACGUUAUCGGAUUACCACUUUGUAGAUUAGUUUUAACACUCAAGAAAAUUGUUACUGAAUAAAAAUUUCUUUAAAAGCAAAUCACUUGUGUUACAACUCCAUUGGACAAUGAAAAUUUGAAAAUUAUUAAAUCCUUUAUAAAGCUGACACUGGUUGAAAUAAAAAUUGAAAAUAAACCAUCUACCAUUAUCAUUAUAUGGUGAAUUACAGACAAAAUGACCGUGUAUUACGCUGUUAAAACGACGAAGGAAGCUAAAAGAUAAGUAGAUAGGGG